GGAAGCGGUGUGAGCAUCCAGGUUGAACCACACGUAUACGAAUCAGUGACUGAGUCAGACCAACGACAAGGUGUGCUGUGCGAGUGAGAGGGUUAGGAACACUGAAGGAGGGCUCCCCGUUCUCACAGCAUCGCCUCCCUCAGUGCCGAGGGGUGUGAACCCCAGGAGGUGUCAAGCAUGACUGACCCGACUCAGUGUAACAUCUACAUCACACCCGUCGCUCGGGAGACCACCGAGAAGCAACUCAAUGACCUCUUCUCCGCCUGUGGGGAGGUCAUGCGAGUCAAGGUACGCACACACGCAAGCCGAUCAACACAGCCAGCAACAGAGAGAUGAGAGGAAACAAAGCAGGGCACCGACAUACACAUCCGUUCGUGUGCGCUGUGUGUGCUGUGUUUGUUUGUAGAUUCGUGAGAAUGAGCGUGGCCUUUAUGCUUUUGUCAACUUCUCCAAGCCGGACGAGGCGCAGCGGGCGGUGCGGGACAUGCAGAGCUACGAGCUGCAUGGCGCCAAGAUGAAGGUGGAGCUCCAGAAGAGCCGCGCCACCCCGCCAGCAUCGCGCGACCCCUCGUCGGGCGGCCGACGCGGUCCUCCCACCGACCGCCGUGGCGGGCCCAUGUACGGCGACCACAUGAUGAUGGAGGGGGGCGAUGCAUGGGGUGGCGGACCCAAUGGCUACGGAGGCGAGAAGAGGGGGCGGCAGCCAGACGGCGGCAGGGUCGACAGGGGCGACGUGCAGCUGCACUUGAUGAACGUGCCUGCGGACACGACUGAGGACAUGAUCCGUCAGCGGGUCGAGGGCAUCGUGCCGGUCACCAACGUGCGCAAGUUCAUCCGGCCCAAGAAUGAGGGCGAGAAGACCGACCCCACGAGAGACGGCUAUGCCUUCCUGCAUGUGAGGAACGAGAAGGAUGCCGAGGAGCUGAUCCGGGCGGUGGACGGCACCAACGGCUGGAUACUCCGGUACAGCAACCACCACAUCCGCACACUCAUACAGCGGGCGGGCGGAGACCCCAAGACCAGAUCAGGUGAGUGAGCCGGAUAGGGCGGAAAGCAACGCAGCGCAACACGGUGAUGCCAUCAUGCUUUCUUUCUCUCGGUGUGUGCGUCAGGUUUGGUGUUGGUUCGUGAGAUCACUCUGUACGGCGUGCCGGAGGGCCCCCUCUCUCCCGAGCUGCGGCAGGCGAUGCGUCACUUCUUCAGUCAGUUCGGCGACAUCGAGAACAUCGAGGGCACCGGCACGGGCAUUGCAUUCGUCCUCUUCCGCGAGCUCAACGGCGCCACCAAGGCCAUCUUUCGGUCCAAAUCGAGCGAGGAGAAACUGACCAUCGCCCCAGGCCUCACCUGCACCGUCAUGUACUCGGACCCCGUGCAGCGCACACACGCCGUACCGGACCCCGACAUACGCGACAUCCUGGAGGGGGCCGACGACCGCCUGCUUGGGCAUGGCAUGCCCGCGGGGCCGCCCGGCAAGCGCCCCAGGCAAGGUGACUACCCCCCUGACUUCGGCCCCCCAUUCAUGGCCGCACCGCCCCCAUUCUUCCCCCCUGGCGCGCCAGGAGACGGGUUCCUCGGCCCGCCACCGGCGUAUGGGCGUGAUACUGGCCGGCCUGCUGCAUGGGAUGACCCGACGCGGAGAGGCCCCGAGCCACCUGUGCCGGCAUAUGGGGGGCCGGGGAUUGCGGCCAAUGUGGACCCGCAGCUGCUGGCCAUGGUUGACAAGUUGGGAGGGCUGGAGGGCAUCAAGGCGUUGCUGGGUGCGUCGGCUGGCGGACAGAGCGGCCAGGGGAUGGCCGAGAACCCUUUGCUGACUCAGCUACGGCAGAUGCUGGGGCAGCAGCCGCCCCCGAGAAGCCGCGAGAAGGUCUUUUUGAUGCCGCUCGUGCAGCAGGAGAAGCCGUAUCUGUUCACACGGGGCAGAACCACGUCCGCAUCGCCGUUUGGGGGCCCGCCCGCGGUCAGCGAGACCAUGCCCACCCUCUUCCCUCCACCAGCCGUCCCUCCCGCCCCUGUGCAGGUGCCACCUGUGGCACCAACAACAGCACCAGUCAUGGCACCGACGGCAGUGGCACCACCCCCACAGCCGCCCCCUGCUGUCGCGCCCCCGCCGCCCAUCAGUGAGAGCCCCGAGCCCGGCGAUGUGUGUUGGCGGGGCAGCAUGGUCAGGAGCAACAAGAAGCGGGUGCCCGUGCAGGCGCGCUUCCUCCGCGGCCGAUUCCAGUCCGUGUUCAACAAAGGGUGCGAGCAGCUCAACAUCAGCCACCGGUCGUCAUGGGAGGACGUCGGCAAGCGGCACGUGAUUGGCGUGGUGUGUCUGGAGGCGACGAGCGAUAACGGCGGUGUGCCGACGGCCGCUGACUCGAAGGGUUUUUUCGAGUACAUUGAGUACUUCAAGAGCAAGGAGAGGGCGGGUGUGGCGCGGAUCGAGGAGGGCAACCAGUAUGUCUACAUCAUCCCGCCCGGUGUGGAGCUGUUCGUCCAGCACGGCCCGCCACCCAGGGGGUCGGCAGACCACACACUGCUGGCCCUUGUCAGCACUGACCCUGGUACGUACGGUGGAGUGGAUCCACCCACACACCAUCCAUGCCAUGUGACAUAUCUGACAUACGUGUCCUAUUUGGUUGUCCCUCCCUUCAGAUGGGGCCCAGCCUGCAGCAGCACCGACAGGAGCAGCCACUGCGCCGCUAGCGAAUGCGCCGUCAGGAGGUGCCAACACAGGUGGCGAGCACGGGAAGGAUCAGAACGGGACUGACCAGGAGGCGGCCUUGCGGGCGCUGCUGCAGCGACCCGAGGUGCUCAACCUUCUCAGCCAGAAGGACGGCAAGUGACUGACUCACUGAAUGGGCGGGCGGGAGUGGGGUGGGUGCCUUCCUCUCUUUCUGUCCUGCGGUUUUGUCUGUCGUGUCCUCUGUCUGGAGUGUGUGUUGGUGCCUGCCGUUGGAUUGAUCGCAUCAUGUGGUUGGUUGAGCUCGUAUCGUUCCCAUAUUACAUACAUUCAUAAACAUACAGAUCAUCUAUCUAAGGGGUGGGUGUGGAUGUGAGAGGGCAGGGGAGGGAGGGAGGGAGGUAAACGUGUUGUGUUCCUUUGCUGCUCUGUGACACGUUGCCGACGGCACGUGCGGUGGAUGGAUGGAUGGAUGGAUCCGGGGGUGGUUGGGGGCAAGUGAGGCGAGACAGACAGACACAGACAGACAGAGAUGGGCAGGCACAUGUGAAAGCUCUUCCCCGCCUCCUGGACGCACCCACCCCGCUUUCAUCAAGUGAGGCGAGACAGACAGACACAGACAGACAGAGAUGG